CCUUCACCUACAGUGGCUUCCUAAACAUUAAUAUACCGACAAUCAACAAUCAUGGGCAGGAAUGUCCAGAUGUAAAUUCUUAAUUUAUCAUCAUAAAAUUUGAUUUCCUCACAGAAUGAAAACGCCGGCGGAAAUCCUUCAUUGCUUUCAUCGACCAUACAUACAGAGGUAGAAGAUUAGGAUCAUGGAGACCCUGAAGCAAAAAGUGAAGAAGCGCAGACGUGCAACUACCAACCCGAUCGAACGAGCGAAUCGAAAAGACGAUGAUACUUUCAUAAAAGAACAUCUUUGCCCAAGCUCACCUACAUGGCCGGAAUGGAUCAACCCAAAGACUCAAGCCAAGUAUUCCGUGAGCCUCAUCAGUUCAGGUAGCUUGAGUACCGAAGACCUCGAUUCAUGUUAUAAUCUAGUCGAAGAGACCAGCCGUGCCGAUUAUGAGGCCUCAUCAUCCGGUUGGAGACCAAUUAAGAAGCUCGCUGAGAUGCAGUCCCCUGAAUUGAGGUAUAUCCUCGUGAAAGAUGCUACCGGAAUUAUGCGUGGCUUUACUUCUCUUAUGCCUACGUAUGAAGAAGGGGAGCCUGUUGUUUAUUGCUAUGAGAUUCAUCUUAAGCCUGAAUUACAAGGGACUGGCCUAGGCAAGACGCUCAUGGGAUUCCUAGAGAGCGUUGCUGCAAACACGCCUCCUAUCGAAAAGGUGAUGCUUACUUGCUUUUUGAGAAAUCAACGAGCUCUCGCUUUCUAUAAGAAGGCGGGUUUCGAAAAAGAUGAAAUAUCGCCCGAGCCGAGGAGGCUGCGCUUUGGGAAGGAAUUUAUCCCGGAUUAUAUUAUUAUGAGCAAAGUCGUCGCCCGUCGCUGAACAAAUUCAGUUCUUGCUUUUAAUGGCUUGCCUCACAUCCGAAGUCCGGUUCCACGACGCGGGGUCAGUCAGUGCCGACGAGUUAGAGCACUAUAUUAUAUUUGAGAGGCGUUACGGGGGCUUGAACGCCUAUUUAUACGGUACCUAUAGAAAUAAUGAUCUAGCAGUUGACCUAUCGUUCUGCAUCGACGGUGGAGAAUUAUGUCGGCCAUAUUAUCGUUCACCCAAAGGAAAAU